UGUGAACUCAUACAAGAAGACGACCAAACCGUACGACGGUUGCCGUUGAGCUGCGCGCUCGCUUGCCAGUCAGCCUUCUGGAGCGUCGUCAGCCCUCCGACCCGCCGGCCUUCCACUUGGGGACGCCAAUCUCCUCAACUCCACUUCUCUCCACUCGAGCUCCAUUGAUCACUGCUCGCCACCGUCACACGCUCUUCGAACACCCAUCGCUGUCGUGCGCAUCGCUGGUGCGCCUCUACACCAUUGUUGCAGCCUACGUCCAGCCUGUCGCAAUAAAUCGUUGCCUGCACGCCACAUCCGUUGAACUCCGGCUCACCAUCAAAGCACGUCUCACCGUCGCAAACCAUCCACAGCUUGCGCAACAUGUCUUCUGGUGGAUACGGCGGAUACCAGCAAUAUGGGGGUAACCCAUAUGGCGGCAAUGAGGCGUCCAACCCGUACGGACAGAACACCGAAGCUGCUGGUUAUGGAGCUUCAAAUCCUUACGGCGCACCGCAAGGACAGACUCAAAACGCACCGCCGCUGAGCCACGAGGUGUCCAACUACUCCCAGGCCUCUCAGUACUCCAACGCCCCAACACCCGCCGCGGCGCCGUUUCCUACGCAGGCAAGCGCUCCAUUGAGCCAGCACGACUUCCUGGAGCGCGUCAAGGGCGCGAAGACCCGCAUCAACCAGCUUUCGACGAACGUCUCUUCUAUCGCUAGCAUCCACCAGCGCAUGCUGUCGUCCCCAGACAACGCGUCGUCGGCACAAUUGGAGAACCUCGUGUCGCAGACGCAGCUCCAGAACACCGGAAUCAAGGACGAGAUCAAGUACCUCGAAAGAGACGCCGCGAAGUCGCCGGACAGCAACCUCAAAACUUCCCAAGUCCAGAACUUGAAGACGUCUUUCCAGGCCCAGCUGAAGAGCUACCAGGAUGAAGAGAGGGAAUACAGCAGCCGAUAUCGCGAUGCGAUUGCCCGGCAAUACCGCAUUGUGAACCCGGAGGCGACUGAUGCUGAAGUAACCGAGGCGGCGAACGCGGAUUGGGGCAACGAGGGUGUUUUCCAGACUGCUCUCAAGAGCAAUCGGACCGGCCAGGCAUCCAGCGUGCUGGGUGCGGUUAGGGCACGACACAACGAUAUCCAGAAAAUCGAGCAGACGUUGGGCGAUUUGGCGUUACUUUUCCAGCAAUUGAACGAGGCAGUCGUCUACCAGGAGCCUGCCGUGGUCGCCGUCGAACAGCAGACAGAGCGUGUCAAAGAAGACACCGAGGGAGCCAACGUGCAUCUCGAUAAGGGCAUUGCUAGCGCUAGGAGGGCCAGGAAGCUCAAAUGGUGGACGCUGCUCACUGUUGUCCUCAUCAUCGCCAUUAUUGCUCUCGUCCUUGGUCUGUACUUUGGGCUGAAGAAGAACUGAGGAGGAAGGCGAUGUACGUGGGUGGGUGAUGGUGCUCUCAAAAUCAAUUUGCGGGCGUUCUGUAGUAAUAUGAGGUGAUAAUGGCAGCAGUCGAGGCGGUUCGUCGUUUGUGUAUACCAGUCACUCGCUCCAACCGAGCUCAGUAGCAUUAUGAGUAUAAUUUCACGGCUAGGACGGGGAAGCGGGUGGCGGAAGUGCGUACAUAGGAACGAGUAUUGGCUAUUGCCGUGUCCCAGGACUUCCAUACGUGAGCAGCAAUCUCGUCUACGAUCCAAGGAGUGCCCAGGUGUUUGCUAGAUGAGUGCCAAGUCGUCUGUAGGCGCGGCGGUCUUGAUAGCAGAUACUAGCUUCAUUCGUGCCUAAGGCUCUCUUCAGUCUUCGUCCUUUCGGCACCUCGCAGCCCGCCGUAGAUAGGGCUCGAUCCUUCUGAUCUGAUCCAUCAACCUCUACC